UAGUUGCUUAUUGACGUUUUCGGUAGGCGACAUACACUCAAAACUCUUGCCUGAAAUUACUGUACUGCUGAAGUAAUGGCUUUGCACGGCAGCAGGUGCAGCCGUCUGCUCUUACCAAGACAUGCCGAAGCCGGGGCCCUGUCGGCGAGGCUUGUCAAACAGUUUACGCAGGGUUACUCCUCGAAGAUCCGGCGAUGGUAUUCGAGUGCUACGCAAGAAGAAAAUAAAAUUGAACUGUUGUCGCUAGAUCAAAGUGCAGCUACUACGGCUAGUGUCGCAGCUAUAAAAACUGCAUCCGCACAGGACCUAGUUCCACCCAGUGGCCGGAGGAGGACAUUGAAGGAGGACCCUCUGCCCUUCUCUGCCUUCCUGACAGACAGCUUUGGCCGCAGACACAGCUACCUACGCAUAUCCUUGACAGAGAAAUGCAACCUGAGGUGUCAGUACUGCAUGCCAGAGGAGGGGGUGAAGCUGACUCCUCGGUCCCAGCUGCUUACCACUGCGGAGGUGCUUACCCUGGCCCGGCUGUUCGUACAUGAAGGGGUGGAGAAGAUUCGACUAACCGGGGGCGAGCCCCUCAUUCGCCCAGAUGUUGUGGACAUCAUCGCGGAGCUGCGGAAGCUGGAGGGACUAAAGACAAUCGCAGUGACGACAAACGGCAUGAACCUGGCACGGCUACUGCCUGGCCUGAAGGAGGCGGGUUUGGAUCUGAUCAACAUCAGCUUAGACUCUCUGGUCCCGGCCAAAUUUGAGUUCAUCGUUCGGAGGAAAGGGUUCCACAAGGUGAUGGAGGGCAUCGACAAAGCCAUUGAGAUGGGAUACAACCCUGUCAAAGUGAACUGUGUGGUGAUGCGAGGACUCAAUGAGGAUGAGGUUUUGGACUUUGUGGCCCUGACUGAAAGGAAGCCCCUGGAGGUGCGCUUCAUUGAGUACAUGCCCUUUGAUGGUAACAAGUGGAACUUCAAGAAGAUGGUGAGUUACCAGGAGAUGCUUGACCGAAUCAGACAGCAGUGGCCUGAUCUGGAGCAGCUGCCUGGAGCAGAGGCAGACACGGCCAAGACCUUCAAAGUUCCAGGCUUCCAGGGCCAGGUGGGCUUCAUCACCUCCAUGUCUGAUCACUUCUGUGGCUCCUGCAACCGACUGCGCAUUACUGCAGACGGCAACCUCAAGGUGUGCCUGUUUGGGAACGCGGAGGUGUCUCUCAGAGACUGUCUGCGGUCUGGGGCCUCUGAUCAGGAGCUGCUGGAAAUCAUUGGAGCGGCAGUGGGCAGGAAGAAGAAACAACACGCAGGAAUGUUCAGCCUCUCCCAGAUGAAGAAUCGGCCCAUGAUCCUGAUUGGUGCCCUGCCCAUGCCGCUGCCCCGACCCCCCAUCUGUAGACUCCAAGGGAGCAAGGGAGCCACUGCCCCUCUGCAGGGAGUGGACCCCCUUUUCCACCUCACAGAUUCAGCAGUCCUCACCACACCAACGUCCCUAAGACUGUACCACUCCGCACGCGGGGUUCGGCAGGACAGUGAGGACACACGGUGCCUUUCUGACAGCACGGCCACCGCAGGAGCGCAACACUGGCACAAUUCAGUCACUCCCCGUGAGGGGCGGAGCCUUCAGUGCUCCCGUAGAAACAACAAAAAUUAUUCCUCCCAUUCCCACAUUGCAGAUGCGUUCCAGAGGGAAAUUGCUCGAGAAACCCCUUCUGGAGGGUUGUGGGAUUGUGACAGACUCUGUGACAGACAGAGUCCACAAACUUCCAAAGCCAAGUCGAAGACACGCACAAACAAACCAAGCCUAACGGAGCAUCUCAGGAACGGCACUGCAUGGAGUCUUAGCCUUAGAAGGAACCACCCUGGACGAGGUGCGGACAGCCCCUCUCUCCGCACACUACUGAAGCAUGCCAAAGAACGCCUGCCGCUGCACUAUGCUGUGCGGUGGAGUCAUGGACAGGCCUCUGAUGACCAGCUCAAGACCUCACACACUACAGUUUCCCAGCAGCCCCAGGGACAUGCACAGAGUCAACGUAACACUACAGAUCAGCUGACCCACACGGACGCCCAGGGCAGGGCAAGCAUGGUAGAUGUGGGCGGGAAGCCGGUAACCCGGCGGACUGCGGUGGCCUGCGCCACAGUGCGGCUGACAGAGAAGGCCUUCCGCCUGGUCAGAGAGAACCAGCUGGCUAAGGGUGAUGCCCUGGCCGUGGCACAGAUCGCUGGCAUCAUGGCCGCCAAGCAGACCAGCGCUCUUAUCCCACUGUGCCACCCUCUGCCAUUGGACAAGGUGGCGGUCACCCUGGAGCUGGUAGAGGCUGAGUGGGCGGCCGUUGUCACUGCGACCUGUCAGACCACCAGCCGCACGGGGGUAGAGAUGGAGGCUCUGACCGCUGCGUCUCUAGCUGCUCUCACUCUGUACGACAUGUGUAAGGCUGUCAGCCAUAACAUCACCAUAACAGACAUCAAACUGUUGAGCAAGACUGGGGGCCAGAGAGGAGAUUACCAUCGGACCCCCUGAUUCUAACUCCACCACCUCACCUCUUCAAACUAUGGCUCUACUGUCUCACCCCCUCAAGCUAUGGCUCCACCACCUUGCCUUCUCACCCUUUCAGUUCCAUAUCCAUGCCCUGUCAAACUAGGGCCCAUCAUCUCCUCCUAUCAAAAUGCAGCUCCAUCAUCUCACUCUCUCUCCCUACUGCUCCACCAUCCUGCCCUCUCACCCUAUGGCACGACCCCCUCACCCUCUCACCCCACAGCUCCACAGUCUCAUCCUCUCACCCCCUCUCCCUCUGAACCUACAGCUGCAACAUCUCGCUCUAUCACCCUACAGCUCUGUCAUCUUGCCUUCUCAUCCUACAGAUCCAACAUCUCAUCCUCUCGUCCUGCGGCUCCUCCUUCUCCCCGUCUUGCCCAACAGCUCUACCAUUUUGCCCUCUCGCCCUGCGGCUCCACCAUCUCGUCCUCUCACUCCACAGUGCCACCAUGUAACCCCAUAGUUCAACCCCCUCACCCCACAACUUCAUCAUCUCACCCUGUUACCAAACCACAAAGAAACAAAGAAGCUGACACCCCCGCCACACCAGAAUGUGAGGCUGGGUGGCAUGAUCCAGAGCUUAUUUCAGUGUUGGGAAUCUUAGGUUUAUUAGUUUAUUUUUUGUCAGUGAUUCAGAUGGGUUCUGCUUUGUUGUGUGUGUGUAGCUCAGCAGAGCUCAUACACUAACCCAGUGUGUUAAAGUGAAGGUGAAUGCAGCAUUACGGUUCCAUCAUUUGCAUGGAGCAUUGCCGGGGGCAUUCAGCGUUGGGAUACUGUUAAGAGGGCAAGAUCUUUGAAGUGGUAUGCCCUUCCCUUAUGAUGCUCAAAGCCUUAGACCUAAAUGGUGUUAUAUGAGCUCAUGGAGCACACAGAAUACAAAGCUCUGAGAGAUGAGGAAAAUCUUGGAGUUUAUGUGGAUACUUUCAGAGCAUGAACAAACUGCUGACCUUCACCCUGAGGCAACGGAUUCCGCACUGCCUUUCAGGGCUGUAGGUCAGUUUUCUCUCUCAGACCUCCUAAAGCUUACCGGCAGCUAUCCCAGCAUGCCUCGGUCACCGAGUGUACACUGCAGAUAGAGGUUCUUCCGAAUCCAUAUGAAUGUUACCAACCUCUGAGCAGUGGUCACGGUGGCUCCACAAGGACAGGAUGACUGCUGAAGCUGCAUCUCCCUUCACAAUGCAGUAAUCGUACAUACACCACACCAGACAAGGUGUCAGACGAUGGCUCACCCCUUUUAGUGUUUACAUUGUGUGGGGACCUCAGUACUCACAGAAGAAGUGCAAAUGUAUGUUCUCACACACACACCCCUGCACGCUCACCGGUGAAUGUGGAGCAAUUCUGACCACACUGGUGAAGCUCAGGGUACAGCACUGAUCAGCCAACUGUAUAUCACGCACAUACUACACUGCCACUGAGUGCUUUAGCUGCUGUUCCUCAACCACCUUCAUUACAAGUUUAACUAAAACAAUAUGAGGGGGGUCCUGAUGACUGUUAACUACAAAAGAAUGUGCACACAGAUUUGAGGAGAAUAAUGUGUUGAUCUGGUCAAUUCAUUAUAGUGUCUGGGAGCAAUCAGUCAUAAGCGUUUCCUAGAAAAAUGUGACAAUCACCUUACUGGCAUUUUACCUGAGCUUCUUGAGAUGGCAUUUUCAUUGUUUUGAAAUUUGACCUAUCCUCAGUGUGACUGUCAGUCAGAGGAUGUGCUUUUGUUUUCCGAAGAGGUUUUUCAAGUUUUAGUACAGAAAAUAAAUUGAAAGAGCACUUAAACAAACAGAUGUAUUAUUGCAUAGUGUCCGCUUCAUAGAGGGAUUAAAACUUUGUGUUUUUGAAACAUAGCAUAAGCUCAAAGUUCAUGAUUUUCAGGAUUCCUUAAGAAAAGAUGAUCUUAUCACAACUAAUUGAAGGGGUAAAAAUUCAUGUUUCAGAGAGAAUAAAAAAACAUUAUUUGAAAUCCUUUUGACCAAUAUGGAAAAUAUUGCUGUUUAUUUGUGACGGUGUUCCUAUUUCUCAGAUGUACCAUGUCCUCCAUAUUUAUUCAUACUGCUGGCUAAAUAGGAAUGACUGGGGGAAAGCCGGUCACAAAAGAAACCCUGUGAACAAUCUGUGAAACAACCUUGUAAACACUGCAGGAAGCAUCUUGUCAGUGUA